ACUCUAUGCAAACAUCGGACUGAUGGCAAAAAUGAGUCUCUCUUCCUACAUAUUAAUACUAACUUUUUCUUUGCUUUCUCAAGGCAUUAAACUUUCAGCAUCCAAGUCCAUAAGAAACUUAGAAGAUGACAUGGUAUUUAACACACUGAGGCUGGGGAAAGCCUUUCAGAAGGAAGAUACUGCAGAAAAAUCAGUCGUUGCUCCUUCCCUGGAAGAAUACAAAAAUGAGGAGAGCAGUUUCCUGAAUGAUGAGGAAAACAAAAAUUCGAAGAACUCAGGCUUCAAACAUAAUUUCUUAAAUCAUGGUCUGCCACUGAAUCUGGCUAUAAAACCUUAUCUUGCACUAAAAGGAUCUGUAGCUUUUCCACCUGAGAAUGGAGUUCAGAAUGCUGAAUCAACACCAGAAAAGAGAGAGAUUGGGGAUGAAGAAAACACAGCUAAAUUUCCUAUAGGAAGGAGAGAUUUUGACAUGCUCAGGUGUAUGCUGGGAAGAGUCUAUCGACCAUGUUGGCAAGUCUAAUACCUGUUGGGCCACAUCAUCAUUUCCGAAGAAAACAAAAUCAUUUAAUUGCCUGUGGAUGAGAAGCCCUUAAUGUUACUG